AUUUGUGAAAGUAAACUACUGGUAAUUUGAUGUGAUUACAUAAACACUAUUCAAUCCGUUUCACUAUGCAGAUUGUCCGAUACACGCCAAUUACUCCAUAAUUUUCAUCGUUUCAAUGUGAUUGUUUCCAACCCGUUAGGUACAUUAAAAUAAUUACAGAUAUUGGACAUUGGAAAUGGAUGUCUGUAUUAUGUAUUUAGCAGUGUCUGAACAACUGACGAUGACUCUAAAUUCUGAAGAUCUAUACCUCAAUAGAGCCAAAUUCGUAAUGAAAUUUUUGGGUGUAUGGGUCCCACCUAAUGACGAAAAUAUUAUCCGAAAAUUGUACAGAUAUUUUAUGAUAUCAUUACAAUAUCUGUUUUUAAUAUUUCAAAUUAUUUAUAUUAUUCAAGUAUGGGGUGAUCUCGAGGCGGUAUCUCAAGCGUCUUACCUGUUGUUCACGCAAGCUUGCCUUUGUUUCAAAGUUACUGUGUUCCAUGUCAAUGUAGAUUUACUAAAAGAGCUCUUGCUUCAAAUGAAUGGAGAGACAUUCAGAGCGCAGUCUUUCGAUCACGAGAAAAUUUUGGAAUCUCAAGCUGCUCGGAUUAAAAGGCUCUUAUUGGCAUUUAUGAUAAGCUCUCAACUGACUUGCGGGAUGUGGGCUGUGAAGCCGUUGUUUGACGACGUUGGCAGCAGAAAAUUUCCUUUCGAUAUGUGGAUGCCGGUAACUCCAGAAAGUUCGCCGCAUUACCACAUAGGUUACACUUUCCAGCUUGUUACAAUUUGUAUGAGCGCCUAUAUGUAUUUUGGAGUGGACAGCGUUGCUCUAUCCUCCGUUAUUUUUGGCUGCGCCCAGAUUGAAAUUAUUAAGGACAAACUUAUGAGUAUUCAACCGGUAGAUAAAAAUGCGAAUGAUGCGAUUAAUGCUUUUAGUGAUAACUAUCAACAAUUAGUGAAUUGCAUCAAACACCAUCAAGCUAUAGUUAGAUUCACUGACACGGUUGAAAAUGCGUACCACACGUUCUUGCUGUUUCAAUUAGUCGGUAGCGUCGGAAUUAUUUGCAUGUCGGCUCUUAGAAUUUUAGUUGUGGAUCCGCGAAGUAUGCAGUUUUUCUCCAUAGUAAGUUAUUUGUCGGUUAUGAUAAGCCAGUUAUUCGUGAGUUGUUGGUGCGGACACGAGCUUACAGCCACUAGUGAAGAUUUACACACAACUCUCUAUAUGUGUGCUUGGAAAGAUCAAAACACCAAGUUUCAGAAAGAAUUGUGCUUUGCGAUGUUGCGCAUGAGUCGCCCGUUGGUCCUUCGAGCCGGGCACUAUAUUGCUCUUUCGAGGCAAACUUUUAUAAUGAUACUCCGCAUGUCGUACUCGUAUUUUGCAGUGCUGAAUCAAACAGUGAAUUAAACUGGUGGAAAUGUAGAAACGCACUUUUUCUUUUGUGUAGGAAAAUUUACUUUAUUGUAGUAGGUAUCUAAAUAACAAUAAAGAACU